ACUGCUCCAGCUCCCACCAGCAGCACUGUGCAUAAGAAACACCAGAAACACCUUCGCCCUCCUGCUGCCAAGCCAGACAGAGAGACACACAGCACCAUGUACAGCGUGGACGAUCUCCUCAUUUCUCACGGAUACAAACUGGCCAAGACAAGCGUCCCCUGCCCCUCUUCCACUUCAUCCGCCACCGCACCUUGCGAGAAAAAGCGCCACGUCGCCGCCACGACCGAUUGCCACCGUGAAAUCCCAGCAGCAGAGAACCAGAGGCCUGGUCGUGUUGGAUCACUGAACGGGUAUGAACAGGCGGGAGACAGGGGGGCCUGCGUCUUCAGGAGCAGCAGCAGGCAGGCAUUACUGGCGAAGGCCUACCCCGGCAGCGGCGACAAUGAGAGCGGCGGGGAAAGGAACCAAAGGAGAAAAGAAGCUGGCAGCGGUAACCUAGGUGACAGCCUAGCACAGCCCCUGGGAGAUUCUCUCGCCACGGAUAGCGGGUGAGUUGUUCCCUCCUUUUCUCCCUCUGUCUCUCUCUUUUGAACCCCCCCUUCCUUCCAGAGCUGUAGAACGAACACUGAGGCUUUCUGCACCACUGUGAUAUCAUCUGAUAUGGCACCCUAUUCCCUACAUUCCCUAUGGGCCUUGGUCAAAAGUAGUGCACUAUAUAGGGAAUAGGGUGCUUUGUGCUGUGAUAUGAUGAGGAAUAAUGUAAAGGUGCCGUCCUUCUGCGCUGUUGGCUUGUUUACAUUGCGAUGUGAAUCCAUGCUUAAAGAGAGCACUUGUCUUUCCAUGGAGUCAGUCCACCCCUCCACCACCAGCAGCGGCAGCAUCUCUACCAACACACAGACAGGUACACAGCCUGCGUCACAAAUGGUACCCUAUUCUAUAUUUAGUCCACUACUUUUAACCAGAGCCCAAUGGGCCCUGUAGUGCACUAAAUAUAAUCCCCUAUUCCCUACAUUCCCUAUGGGCCCUGGUCAAAAGUAAUGGACUAUAUAGGGAAUAAUGUGUCAUUUGGGACGCGGCCACACCAUGUAAACCAGCAGCACAGGACGCUGGGCUGGGUAGCUUGCUGUACGUGAUGCCUAGAGAGCGUAACCAACCCACUACACUGUAAACAGCUCAGGUGCCGUGCACCGCUCACACACUCCGCAGAGCGAGGAUGCCGCUGGACAAGUGUGUACUAGUUCACAUACCCAUACACACAAAACGAAUGUCUGUGUUGAUGUUACAUAUUACUCGCUGGAUGAUAGUGUAUAAAGUGGAAACGUCCCAAAUGGCACCCUAUUCCCUAUUUAGUGCACUACUUUUGAUCAGGGCCAAUAAGUCACUAUAUAGGGAAUAGGGUGCUAUUUGGGAUGCUGCCAUGAUGGAUGAUACUAUUCUCCAAUGGAUGUAGUUGUCAUCAAAGGACUCUUCCCAGUCUCCAGUAGCUGUGGUUGUUCAGACAGACUAUAGAUAUAGAUACUGCAUAGACUCAUAGAGAUACAUCUCCAUAAUGCUCAGAAGAGAUUAUAUCGAAGUCCUUCCCACUACAUUCCCUGAUAUUCACUUCAUUACUACGGAUACUGUAUAUGACUGAUACUGUAUAUUGCCAGUUCAGAUCAUUCACUCAAAUAACUCAUUGCCAGAUAACUGGUUUUUUUUUUUUUUUUACAUAUGAUUGUCUGAGUUACUUCCAGAAAAAAGUUCCUUUGUCAUUAUUAUCGCGUCACUCUGUCUACUGUUAAGGCCUAUCCUAAAUACCCAGGGUGCAAUUUGGGAAGCAACGCUUUACUCCAUAACAACAGGCCCAGCCCCUCUUCCCGCUGUGCAGAGGACUGAGAGCAUGUAUGAAUGUGACUGACCAUGUUAAGAUAAUCAGGUACAUCACUCAGCCUGAAGGGACACUCUUUUUUUGAUUUGAUGAUUUAAAAAAAAUCAGAAUCAUUAUUACACAAUUAAAUUCAAUCCUAUUUUUGGGAUCCCCGUAACAUUGGAUGAAAUGGCUAAGAAAAAAGAAUAUGGAGUCGUCUGUCCCUGCAAGAUAAUAAGAUAAUGUCUUUAUUGUCCCCGUGGGGACAUAGACAAGGACACAUACAGACAAUAAAUACAUGUUGAUUGAACAUAGACAAGGACACAUACAGAUAAUAAAUACAUGUUGAUUGCGGCUCUGUGCAUACAGUGGAGAAAAAAAGUAUUUAGUCAGCCACCAAUUGUGCAAGUUCUCCCACUUAAAAAGAUGAGAGAGGCCUGUAAUUUUCAUCAUAGGUACACGUCAACUAUGACAGACAAAAUGAGGAAAAAAAUCCAGAAAAUCACAUUGUAGGAUUUUUUAUGAAUUUAUUUGCAAAUGAUGGUGGAAAAUAAGUAUUUGGUCAAUAACAAAAGUUUCUCAAUACUUUGUUAUAUACCCUUUGUUGGCAAUGACACAGGUCAAACGUUUUCUGUAAGUCUUCACAAGGUUUUCACACACUGUUGCGGGUAUUUUGGCCCAUUCCUCCAUGCAGAUCUCCUCUAGAGCAGUGAUGUUUUGGGGCUGUCGCUGGGCAACACAGACUUUCAACUCCCUCCAAAGAUUUUCUAUGGGGUUGAGAUCUGGAGACUGGCUAGGCCACUCCAGGACCUUGAAAUGCUUUUUACGAAGCCACUCCUUCGUUGCCCGGGCGGUGUGUUUGGGAUCAUUGUCAUGCUGAAAGACCCAGCCACGUUUCAUCUUCAAUGCCCUUGCUGAUGGAAGGAGGUUUUCACUCAAAAUCUCACGAUACAUGGCCCCAUUCAUUCUUUACCUUACACAGAUUAGUCGUCCAGGUCCCUUUGCAGAAAAACAGCCCCAAAGCAUGAUGUUUCCACCCCCAUGCUUCACAGUAGGUAUGGUGUUCUUUGGAUGCAACUCAGCAUUCUUUGUCCUCCAAACACGACGAGUUGAGUUUUUACCAAAAAGUUAUAUUUUGGUUUCAUCUGACAUUCUCCCAAUCCUCUUCUGGAUCAUCCAAAUGCACUCUAGCAAACUUCAGACGGGCCUGGACAUGUACUGGCUUAAGCAGGGGGACACGUCUGGCACUGCAGGAUUUGUGUCCCUGGCGGCGUAGUGUGUUACUGAUGGUAGGCUUUGUCACUUUGGUCCCAGCUCUCUGCAGGUCAUUCACUAGGUCCCCCCGUGUGGUUCUGGGAUUUUUGCUCACCAUUCUUGUGAUCAUUUUGACCCCACGGGGUGAGAUCUUGCGUGGAGCCCCAGAUCGAGGGAGAUUAUCAGUGGUCUUGUAUGUCUUCCAUUUCCUAAUAAUUGCUCCCACAGUUGAUUUCUUCAAACCAAGCUGCUUACCUAUUGCAGAUUCAGUCUUCCCAGCCUGGUGCAGGUCUACAAUUUUGUUUCUGGUGUCCUUUGACAGCUCUUUGGUCUUGGCCAUAGUGGAGUUUGGAGAGUGACUGUUUGAGGUUGUGGACAGGUGUCUUUUAUACUGAUAACAGGUGCCAUUAAUACAGGUAACGAGUGGAGGACAGAGGAGCCUCUUAAAGAAGAAGUUACAGGUCUGUGAGAGCCAGAAAUCUUGCUUGUUUGUAGGUGACCAAAUACUUAUUUUCCACCAUUUAUUUGCAAAUAAAUUCAUUAAAAAUCCUAUAAUGUGAUAUUCUGGAUAAUUUGUCUGUCAUAGUUGACGUGUACCUAUGAUGAAAAUUACAGGCCUCUCUCAUCUUUUUAAGUGGGAGAACUUGCACAAUUGGUGGCUGACUAAAUACUUUUUUUCCCCACUGUACAUAAAAACACACAACACACAUACAGACAAUAAAUACAAGUAUAAAAAUAAGUUCAUAAGCCAUCAGUGAUCAUCUGUACACUAUAUACUCCAUACACGUCAGCACACUCUGUCAUCUACAAUGUCAACUGUAGGCCAGCCCACUGGUGGUGCUUGUGGUUUUAAACAUUCAGGAGCCUUACUGCCGCUGGGACAAAGGAUUGUUUGGCUGUAUUUAUUUUCUGCCCUGGUGCCUUCCCGGUACAUCGCCCUGAGGGGAGUACCUCAAACUCCUGGUAAAGAAGAUGUCUGGGGUCCAGCAAUACCUUGUGUGUGUGUGUGUGUGUGUGUGGACAUCACGUGAUCACAUAACUGGCACUUAUAAACAAGGAAAGUUAAGUAUUUUUGCUCAGCGGCAGGCAGGCAGUGCAUAUUACCAGGGCUGCGUCCCAAAUGAAUCAAAUCAAAUCCAAUUUAUAAUACAACAGGUGUAGACUUAACAGUGAAAUGUUUGCUUACAAACCUUUCCCAACCAUGCAGAGUUUAAAAAUAAUAAUAAAAUAUAAAAUAGUAAAUAACACGAGGAAUAAAAUAAAAUACACAAGAAUGGAGCUAUAUACAGGGAGUACCAGUACCAGACCAAUGUGCAGAGGUACAAGGUAUUUGAGGUAGAUACCGUAUGUACAUGAAGGCAGGGUAAAGUGACUAGGCAUCAGGAUAGAUAAUAAUAAGGUAUUUUAGGUAUAUAUGUACAUGAAGGCAGGGUAAAGUGACUAGGCAUCAGGAUAGAUAAUAAUAAGGUAUUUGAGGUAGAUACCGUAUGUACACGAAGGCAGGGUAAAGUGACUAGGCAUCAGGAUAGAUAAUAAUAAGGUAUUUGAGGUAUAUAUGUACAUGAAGGCAGGGUAAAGUGACUAGGCAUCAGGAUAGAUAAUAAUAAGGUAUUUGAGGUAGAUACCGUAUGUACAUGAAGGCAGGGUAAAGUGACUAGGCAUCAGGAUAGAUAAUAAUAAGGUAUUUGAGGUAUAUAUGUACAUGAAGGCAGGGUAAAGUGACUAGGCAUCAGGAUAGAUAAUAAUAAGGUAUUUGAGGUAGAUAUGUAGGUGAAGGCAGGGUAAAGUGACUAGGCAUCAGGAUAGAUAAUAAGAAGGUAUUUGAGGUAUAUAUGUACAUGAAGGCAGGGUAAAGUGACUAGGCAUCAGGAUAGAUAAUAAUAAGGUAUUUGAGGUAUAUAUGUACAUGAAGGCAGGGUAAAGUGACUAGGCAUCAGGAUAGAUAAUAAUAAGGUAUUUGAGGUAUAUAUGUACAUGAAGGCAGGGUAAAGUGACUAGGCAUCAGGAUAGAUAAUAAUAAGGUAUUUGAGGUAGAUAUGUACAUGAAGGCAGGGUAAAGUGACUAGGCAUCAGGAUAGAUAAUAAUAAGGUAUUUGAGGUAGAUAUGUACAUGAAGGCAGGGUAAAGUGACUAGGCAUCAGGAUAGAUAAUAAUAAGGUAUUUGAGGUAGAUAUGUACAUGAAGGCAGGGUAAAGUGACUAGGCAUCAGGAUAGAUAAUAAUAAGAGUAAAAUAAUUAACAGAGUAGCAGCAGCAUAUGAUGAGUGUAAAAGUGUGUGUGUGAGUGUGCGCAUGUGUGUGUAUGUAUGUGUGUUUGUGUUGUGUCGUCAUGCAUGUGUGUGUGUUAUGUGUGUGUGUGUGCGUCAUGUAUGUAGUGUAUGUGAUUGUGUGACGGUUUUGUGUGGGAAUGACAGUGUAGUGUGUGUGAAUGAGUCAGUGUGUAUAUGGUGUGUAUAUAAAGUCUAGUGAGUGUGCGUAGGGUCAGUGCAAGACAGAGUCAGUGCAGAUAGUUCAGGUAGCAUUAAUUGACUAUUUAGCAGUCUGGCUAUGGCUUAUGGCUUGGGGAUAGAAGGAGCCUGUUGGUUCCGAGAGCCGAUGCUCCGGUAUCGUUUGCCGGACGGUAACAGAGUGAACAGUCUAUGGCUUGGGUGGCUGUAGUCUUUGGUAAUUUUUGGGCCUUCCUCUGACACCGCCCGGUAUAGAGGUCCUGGAUGUCAGGGAGCUCGGCUCCAGUGAUGUAUUGGGCUGUCCGCACCACCCUCUGUAGCGCUUUGCGGUCAAGGGUGGUGCAGUUGCCAUACCAAGCGGUGAUGCAGCCAGUCAAAAUGCUCUCAAUGGUGCAGCUGUAUAACUUUUUGAGGAUCUGAGGGCCCAUGCCAAAUCUUUUCAGCCUCCUGAGGGGGAAGAGGCACUGCAGUGCCCUCUUCACUACUGUGCGGGUUUAUGUGGACCAUGUUAAGUCCUUCAUGAUGUGGACGCCAAGGAACUUGAAGCUCUCGACCCGCUCCACAACAGCCCUGUCAAUGUGGAUGGGGGCGUGUUCUCCCCUCUUUCUCCUGUAGUCCACGAUCAGCUCCUUGGUCUUACUGACGUUGAUGGAGAGGUUGUUGUCCUGGCACCACACUUCUAAGUCUCUGACUUCCUCCCUGUAAGCUGACUCAUCGCCGUCGGUGAUCAGGCCUGCCACUGCCGUGUUGUCACCAAACUUGAUGAUGGUGUUGGAGUCGUACGCGGCAACGCAGUCGUGGGUGAACAGGGAGUACAGGAGGGGACUAAGCACACACCCCUGAGGGUCCCCGUGUUGAGGGUCAGCAUGGCGGAGGUGUUGUUGCCUUCCCUCAUCACCUGGGGCAGGCACGUCAGGAAGUCCAGGAUCCAGUUGCAGAGGGAGGGGUUCAGUCAAAGGGUCCCUACCUUGGUGAUGAGUUUGGAGGGGACUAUGGUGUUGAACGCUGAGCUGUAGUCUAUGAACAGCAUUCUCACAUAGUUAUCUCCCUCCUGUCCAGGUGGGCGAGGGCAGUGUGAAAUGCAAUUGAGAUUGCGUCAUCUGUGGAUCUGUUGGGGCGGUAUGUGAUUUGGAGUGGGUCCAGGGUGUCUGGGAUGAUGGUGUUGAUGUGUGUCAUGAACAGCCUUUCAAAGCACUUCAAAUGGCACCCUAUUCCCUGCAUAGUGCACUACUUUUGACCAGAGAGCCCUAUGAACCCUGGUGAAAAGUAGGACACUAUAUAGGCAAUAGGGAGCCAUUUGGGACGAAUCCCAGCUUUCUGAAUUAAGGUCAGCGUGUGUUUUAAAAUGCAGAUCAUAUUGCAGCAGCCGCACAAUUUCACGGUAUCUUCAAGGGAGUUGGGAGCCGCUGACUCAAGCACUUCUGUCAGAUAUGUGUGCUGCCUGACUCUGCCCUCUUGGAUUGGAGAUGGAGAGAUUGAUUCCUAGGCUUCGUCCCAAAUGGCACCUUGUUCCCUAUGUAGUAUGGAAAAUACUGCUCAAAAGUAGUGCACUAUACAAGGAAUAGGGUGCCAUUUGAGACGCAGCCCUCUUCUUCACUCCCAAUGCCAAAACAUCAGCUUGGAGGCUAGCCAGACACACCAGCGUUUAAAAUGUCACAGUUAUCAAUAUCUCCCAGAUCGCAUCAAAUCAUGGCAGGCUGGUCAGCAUUGUGUCAUCACAGUUAAACGGAGUACGGAGCGCUGGUAUGGUUCCAUGAGAUAGAGUUCCAGAUGAAGCUCAUUCAUGAUUUUUUUCCCUCUUUGAUCUUGUUUUGUGGGAGUCAGAUUCUGCUUCUGCGAUGAAGUGUUAGAAUGUGUUCCAAAUGGUUCCCUAUUACCUAAAUAGUGUACUACAUUUGACCAGGGCAUAGUGCACUAUAUAGGGAGUAGGGUGCCAAUUGGGAUUCAACCAUAGACUGGCAGGUCAUGGAAAGGUCAGUAAACUGAAUUCUGUUGGUAUUACAAGCUUAUAAAUCUAUGAACGGAAAUGCUUCGAGUUUUGUUAUUUUUGGUGUAACCUAGACAAAUGUUUGGCAAUUUAUUAACAUGCAAAAACCAAAUAAUCCUAUAUCCAGGUUUUUUGUAUUACAACUAACAUGUUCACAGUUUAUAAUAUGUUUUGAUGUAAGACUCUUUCUUUCUUUCUUUCUUUCUUUCUUUCUUUCUUUCUUUCUUUCUUUCUUUCUUUCUUUCUUUCUUUCUUUCUUUCUUUCUUUCUUUCUUUUUAUUUUAUAUCUUCAUUAUAUGACGAUCACCAACCAAUUGUGCUUUGAUGUCUUUCCAGGUUCUACGACGCACCCAGCUUAACCUAUUCUGAGCAGCUGGAGGAGAGGGAUGUGUCCUACUGGAGGAGGAGAGGCCAGGACUUCAGCGUCCUCCUGGAUUACGCCGACGGCCGGGAGCUGAGAGCGUCCGCUAGCUUUCUGAAGGCCUCUGAGGUGGCAUGGAGGCCACAGGCCCUGAUAGCAGAGGACCAUAGGGGGGAGAGGGAGAAGCAGCAGCAGAAGCAGCUAUGGGACGACACCUCCAUCUCCUGGCUGAGGGAAGCUGACGCGGCUCCUGGACAGCUGAGGGUAUUGACUGGGGUGACUGGGGAGCGGAAGUGCCAGAGCCUGGGCACAGAGGAGUGGAAGCCUGCGGUGGGGCUGGGGAGGCAGCUGUCGGAUGGGGAGGGCGAGAGGUGGGCUCAGGACCAGCAGCACCGCCUGAGGACUCCAGAGAGCGCUGGUUCUGUCCUCCCCAGAACCAGAGGGAAGUCCCAGUCUCUCCCCAGAGUGCUGUCGCCUGAUGGAACUACUGAACACACAGACACACAGUCCAGCUUGGUCAGUGUCCAGCUUCGACCGGGCCAGGUUGAUAGACAGAGAGUGAACAGCACCGUCUUUUCCGGGCCUUAUAGUAGGUAUUACCACAGCGCCGCAGUCGGCCGGGACCGGUGGGCCAGGAACAGUUGGCAAAGCGGCGGUCAUGUUGCACUUUUACCAAAGCCCAGGUUCAGCAGGCCUGUCAAGCCCCCGUCGUACGAGAUACACCAGCAGACUAGGGGUAGCCAAGAGAUGCUCUCUGUAGCUGUAGUAGAUGAGCAAGGGUGGUCCAAACAACAGAAAGACAACAGGCCUAUCUAUCACCCAAGGGGUGGAGAACUGCAGAGACAAGACUAUUUCGCACAACACUCCGCAAUCUUUGGCAUGGAGCCCCCCGGUUACAUCCCGCCCCCGUCUUAUAAGAGAGCCCCGCCCCCGAUCAGGGGAGGCCCAAUCAACCGCAACGAAGUGGUGAACUAUAAGUGGAGGGGGGAGAUGCAGAUACAGAUGCAGAUGCCUGUGAGCUCAGAGGCGGGAAGGUGGUUUUCCAGACAGACAGGAGGGUCGUGGCUGGAACACUACGGGGAUCGAGGUAUACCCUACAGGAAACAGGUUAACCCUAACCCGAAUCUGAACCCUGGAUACACCGAGGAACAUCUGGGGCAUGUUCACUAUUUACCCUUUGAUGAUCUGCGAGUGAGACACAUCUCAGGAGGGCCUGGCGGAAAUUCUCUCACUGACUCUGACAAGCUUAUCCAAAACAUCAACAAAGAGAUUCCCUGCGCUAAGGUUUUAGGACAAUCUACACAUGAUAGUGCCUUCCCCCCCCCACCGGGGCUUUCUCUCAAUACCGACAGCCGCAAGACAUCUGUCAAUGACAACGACAGUAGUAGUACUAGAUGGUGCAACAGGGGUUUAAUAAACAAAGGAAGUGUAGACAGUGUAGCUCCUGAUCAGAGCUUUGGUAACUAUCCAACAGCUUUUCAGGUUAGACCGCCCCCUCAGCAGACCAGGCUUGUGGACCAAGGUCAAGGUGUGUCAGAAAAUGUGACUCAAGUGAAAAAGAAAGAGCCUGACUCAUCAGAGAAAGAGAAACCAAGAAAGCCUGACUCAGAGAAAUCAGAAAAACCAAGAAAGUCUGACUCCUCAGAGAAAGCAGAGAAAAAGAGCGUAAAAAAGAAACUUAGCGAGACAAUAUUCUGUUUGGUGUCUGUUCCCAUCCCCCCAACGCCAGGCGGUACGUCCCGUGAUCAAAACAACAAUGAUGAGAAGCCGCUAAGCCCAAUCCGGCCACCAAGCCCAGUGGAUAGUCCGAGCGAGAACAAAACUGGCCACUUAACAAACCAAAGUCUCCAAAGCACAUCUUCAGCAGAGGCCGAGCUGCAAGCACUAACCGGUAGCAUAGCAAGCAGCAGAUCAAGCAGCAAAAUAGUGAGAAAACUCCCUAUUAAGCCCCCCAAAAUAAACCAUCACAAGGAGCUGAAACUCUCGGGAUCCUGGCCCGGGAACCAGUACCGUGACCAGGAGACUCAAACUAGCCCAGAGGCCCGAAAGCGUCAGCCUCCCCCUCCUCCUCCUCCAGGUCCUGAAAACAAGGAAGCACAAGACCCUCAAGUCCCUGCCCCAGGUACCCCCGACCCAGGCGUCACCCCAGAUCCCAGCGGUGUGGGCAGCACUGCAUUCAGCUAUCCCAUAAAAGGGGUGAAGAGCCUGAAACCAUCCAGCAACAGCGCCUUUUCCAGGACGGCCACUUUCUCAAUCGCCAGCCAGCUGAACAAGAGCACAGUUCAGCCGCCAGCAGCAGCACCACCACCACCACCCUCAGGAAACACGACGGAGGCCAAACCAGCAGCGGCCUGCAGUGGGCAGUUCCUGCUGAAGCCCGUCAGCAGACGGCCAUGGGACGCCAUCGAGGAGCUAGAGCCUAUCAACAAAGAGCUCCAGGAUCAGCAGCAACAACAGCAGCAUCAGCAGAGCAGCAAGAGGCCCAGUGUUGACCAGUGCAUCGAGGACCUCAACGAGGCCUACAAAGACAUCUUAGAGCUAGGCACUGCCAGCAAUAACGUUCCCAACAAUGGUGGCGCUGUGCAGAUCCCUGAGCGGAUCAAGAUAAGGCUGGCGGGGGAGGCGGGGCUCAGCAAACCAAGCAGCCUUAGGCGCAGUAUCGAGAGCUGGACUGUGUCCGUCGACCCGGAGUACAGGGAGGUCAAGAGUGCCUUCUCAAGACCCGCUGAAAGAAAGUCAGUGACAUUCAGCAAGCAGCUAAGAGAGGAGCUCCCUGUCCCGCCACGCGAUCCUACAGGAUUCAGAGAAUACAGGGUUGUUUCGAAUUUGUCACAGAGGAGAAGUAGCUGCAGUGGCAGGUCGGUGAAGCUAGACCUCUCUUCGCCUUCGGAGACACCACCGCCUUGUGACUUUACCGGCCCUAGUGAAUUUAUUGACUCUCCUAGUGAUCCCAGCGAGAUCAGAGACUUAAGCCCAACGACGCCAACAACGCACACGGCAGCCGAGGUCCCCUGGGCAGAUAGGCAGCCGAUGCAGGACGCCUCCACACUUACGAGUCCCCCUGAUUAUGAGGACAUAUGUCAGUCUUUACAAAAGACCCGAGACUCAAAAGAAGUCAACAAAACCUUGACGGCCAAAUCUAAACUUGGUGGUGGUAGAGGCAAUACAGGGCCUCCAGGGGGCACCGGUCUAGACUCUGAAGAGGAAUGCCCCAUUUGUAAGAAAGAGAGCGAGAGCCAGAUGUCCAGACCAAGCCCAAUGUCUCCGCUCCACGAGGAGUCAAGCCCAGACUUGUCCGAUCAAAGUAGCGCCACGAUCGUCGGUGACAAUGGUAGUCCACAAGGAGCUGAAACAUCUGAAGAACCAGCUGAGGAUGAAGGAGACACAAAGGUAUCCUCUGACUCUUGCUCGAAUCAUUCAGAGGCUCAGACUCUGUGUCAAGGUUGGAGGGAGCAGCUGUCCCUCACAGAUGAUAAGAAUGUGGGUGGGAGUGCUACUGCUGAGAAGACCAAUCAAAACCAAGCUCUGGCAGUGGCAGAUGAUCUCAACAAUCUAUACGAAGUGAAAUGUGCCGAGGGCAUCCCAGAGAACGAAUCCAUAGAGGAGAGGGCAGCCAGGAUAUUAGGGAUUGAUGUGCCUGCAGAGUCCCUAGUCACAGAGGAGCAGAGGGCUAGAGAGCCGGCAACAGAGGAGAUUGAAUUAACAGAGAGUGAACCCACUGCUGGAGAAGAUCCAGAAAGAAGCAGUGCAAACGGAACAAACAGUACAAAAACAUGUGAGAGAUACAGAGUCUGGGGAACUGGGGUCUACAGUGUCUACGGUGCCUGACAGUGGGCAGGAGUUACAAGAAAAGGAGCAGCCACAGGAUACCCCAGAGCGCAUCAGGAGUGCCAAAUGGACUCAUCUGGGUCGAGAAACUCCAGGUAUGCUGGAGUUUCCACCAGACAGACUGCCACUUUCGGUCCCCAUCAACCCCGACCAGAAGCUGUCUCACAGUCUGGAGGGAGAGAGGAGGGGCAGAGGCGCCUCACAGCACAUAGAGGCCCUGCAGGACAAGCUGGCUGCCUCGCCCAGCCACCAAGUGGCGAUAGAGCACCUGGCUCGGAUGAAAGUGGUGGACUCUGUGUCCCGCAUGAGACUCAGCAUCAGGAGCACAGACUCUGGGGAGGGGGGGGAGGCAGACGGGGAGGCGGAGGGGGAGGCCAGGGGUGGCGUUGAACAAGUGGAAGAGAGCGCUGUCCUCCCUGCUCCCUCCCAGAGUGACACAGUGGACGAUCGAGAGGUCAAGCUAGAGGACGAUCGAGAGGUCAAGCUAGAGGACGAUCGAGAGGUCAAGCUAGAGGACGAUCGAGAGGCCUCUGAAGAUACAGUGUUGCAAGAUGAGGAGGUGUCAUCUGUCUCGGGUAGCUACUACAUGCAUUUGUGUUUUGUUCAAUUUAUUCAAGUAUUCUUUUCUGUCGAGCUGUGUUACAUGUUUAUUCUGAAAAUGAGAGUGUUUCACCAGGAAUUAAUAAUUUAAUGUUUUGUUUGUUACACAUUUGUGAUACCUUUUCACUGCCAAAUGUGACUACACAAACAUUGUUGGCUGUGACUAUAAUGAGUUAUACUUUAUGGUGCAUGUAUUUCAAGCAGUGAAUUGUGGCUGUUAUUAUGGACUCUUGCCACAAGAUGGGGCUAUUGUACCUACAAUUCAAAUCUACCACCACACACAACUGAUUAACAUUAUUUUCAUUCAUUUUGAAGACAUUUCUAUGUAUGUGAAAUACAUUUAGGAUAUGUUAUGAUGACUGUCACAUGAUAUAGGCUACGUCCCAAAUGGCAUCCAAUUCCCUAUAUCGUGUACUAAUUUUAAACCAGGCCCAUGGAGCUUUGGUCAAAUGUAGUGCACUUUAUAGGGAAUAGGAUUCCAUUUGGGACGUAGCCUAUAUAAUGUGACAGUCAUCAUAACAUAUCCAAAAUGUAUUUCCACAUAUUCACUCUAAAUGAUAAAGUGUAUCCCUUCUUUCUGUGUAUUGUACCAGAGGCCUGAGACCCAAGCCCAGUGGAUAAAGUGGAGAGAGACUGAGACGCCCGUCAUCUUUCUCCAUCUUGAGGUUUAGCUCCCUCCAACACUGUGACCUGGCUGCCCACUAGAAUGCCUUCAUCUCAUCCCAACACAGAAACGGCCUUCUUCUCCGACAACAGCAUUGUGUACACCCUCACCCUCGGCGUCGUUGAGUACCAAGAGUGUUCCACUGCCAAAAGGGAGGCGUCCCCCUACCAAGGGGCUGCUUCCAAC